AUGUCGGUAACUACACAUCACUUGAUUGGCUGGUGGCUAUCACUUGGAGUUGUGGGUGUUUUCGUUGGUCUUCGGCUCUGGGUUCGUUCUCGUCGUGAUAAUAGUUGGGGCAAAGAUGACUGGCUUACAAUUGCUACCAUGUUGAUGCUUAUCGUGCAACUCAUUGUCACAUCGCUGAUGAUGCUUGAAUUCGACGCCCCCGAUUGGGGCACCAAUAUGGAUGCUAUCGUACGGUUCAUGAAAUACUCGUAUACAGGAUCUACGCUCUAUCUCGUGAUCCUCUGGAUGAUCAAAGCUCAACUCCUCGUCUUCUACCACCGGCUCAUGGAGAACUUGGGGAAGCUGCAGCUCCUCAUCAACAUCUCUGGAGGAAUUGUGUUCAUCAUGGGAAUCAUUGCGAUUUUUAUAAAUGCGCUGCAUUGCCAGCCGAUUUCGAGGCAGUGGAAUCCGGACCCAGCACAUCAGUGUCCCCCUCAGACAAAUAAUCCGGUUUUCACUUUUGUGGUCACAGUUAAUGUUCUGACGGAUGUGUUGAUUAUGAUCCUCCCAUUCCCCAUCUUACGGAACCUUCAUCAACCCAUGAAAGUCAAGCUAGGUCUUGUAGGAGUCUUUCUCCUGGGUCUCGUUGUCAUCAUCGUCUCCAUCAUCCGUAUUGUCACAAUUCUCAACACAACCGAUAUUUUCCUAAUCUCCAACCUCAGUUAUGUCGAGACCUAUGUCGCCAUGAUCAUCUCCGCCCUUCCAACCCUUCGAGUUCUCUUCCUCGGUCAUCGUGGACGCGCCUACGGAUCCUCGUACAGCAACUCUGGCCCAACCGGUACUCCUUCUCGCCUCACCAACGACAAACCACACACGCUACGCAGCGGCCAAAUGCAGUCUCGGGUCACAGCACACUCGGACGCGGACUCCUUCGGUAGUGAUAUUGAGCUGGCAAAUGUGGAUGAUAAGAAUGUGGAUGCGGGAGGUGAAGACGGCGCCAUCAGGAAGACGACGGAGAUCACCAUUCAGACGAGGACGGUCGGGACACGUGAUAGGGAAAGUGAAGGCAGUGGGAACAGUGGAUUUGUGGGCUGGGAGGGGAAUGGAAGCCCGAGGAGGAACCAGUAA